ACACUCCCCAGUCCCCAGUCCCCCGCUGGGAGCGGCAGCCAGCACGAGGCAGGAGCAGCGCGAGGGCAGGCGCCAUGGGGGUCCGGUCGGCGGCCACAAAGCUGCACAUCCCACCAUCCGCCGCCCGCCGACCCACGUUCCUGCCAUUCGUGGCCGUCCUCCUCCUCUGCUCUGCCUCCUAUCUCAUCGGCGUCUGGCAGCACGGCGGCUUCGCCACUCCAUCCGACAAACCCGCCGCCGUCUCCACCGCUACGGCCGUCGCCUGCACCAACGUCGCCGCCGCCCCGAAGAGGAGGACCCGGUCCGGCGCCAGCUCCCCGUCCCUCGACUUCUCCGCGCGCCACGCGGCCGCGGCGGACGACGCGCUCGACGCUAGCACCGCCACCGCCGCCUCCUCGGCCGCGCCGCGGAGGUCGUCGUACCCGGCGUGCCCCGCCAGGUACUCCGAGUACACGCCGUGCGAGGACGUGGAGCGGUCGCUGCGGUUCCCGCGGGACCGUCUGGUGUACCGCGAGCGGCACUGCCCGGCGUCGGAGCGGGAGCGGCUGCGGUGCCUUGUGCCCGCGCCGCCCGGGUACCGCACCCCGUUCCCGUGGCCCGCCAGCCGCGACGUCGCCUGGUUCGCCAACGCGCCGCACAAGGAGCUCACCGUCGAGAAGGCGGUGCAGAACUGGAUCCGCGUCGACGGCGACAGGCUCAGGUUCCCCGGCGGCGGGACCAUGUUCCCCAACGGCGCCGACGCCUACAUCGACGACAUUGCCAAGCUCGUCCCGCUCCACGACGGCUCCAUCCGCACCGCGCUCGACACCGGAUGCGGGGUGGCGAGCUGGGGCGCGUACCUGCUGUCGCGGGACAUCCUGGCCAUGUCGUUCGCGCCGCGGGACUCUCACGAGGCGCAGGUGCAGUUCGCGCUGGAGCGAGGCGUGCCGGCCAUGAUCGGCGUGCUCGCGUCCAACCGCCUCACCUACCCGGCCCGCGCCUUCGACAUGGCGCACUGCUCCCGCUGCCUCAUCCCCUGGCAACUCUACGAUGGACUGUACCUGAUCGAGGUCGACCGGGUGCUGCGUCCCGGAGGGUACUGGAUCCUGUCCGGGCCGCCGAUCAACUGGAACAAGUACUGGAAGGGGUGGGAGCGGACCAAGGAGGACCUCAACGCCGAGCAGCAGGCCAUCGAGGCCGUCGCCAGGAGCCUCUGCUGGACCAAGGUCAAGGAGGCCGGCGACAUCGCCGUCUGGCAGAAGCCCUACAACCACGCCGGCUGCAAGGCCUCCAAGUCGUCCCGGCCCUUCUGCUCGCGCAAGAACCCUGACGCGGCAUGGUACGACAAGAUGGAGGCCUGCAUAACGCCGCUGCCGGAGAUCUCCAAGGCCAGCGACGUCGCCGGCGGCGCGGUGAAGAGAUGGCCGCAGCGGCUCACGGCCGUGCCGCCCAGGGUCUCCCGCGGCACUGUCAGGGGCGUCACGGCCAGGUCGUUCGCGCAGGACACGGAGCUGUGGCGGAGGAGGGUCCGGCACUACAAGUCGGUGGCCAGCCAGCUCGAGCAGAAGGGGCGGUACCGCAACGUGCUGGACAUGAACGCGCGCCUGGGCGGGUUCGCCGCGGCGCUGGCGCUGGCCGGCGACCCGCUGUGGGUCAUGAACAUGGUCCCGACCGUGGCGAACGCGACCACGCUCGGGGCCAUCUACGAGCGCGGCCUCAUCGGAAGCUACCAGGACUGGUGCGAGGGCAUGUCUACCUACCCGAGGACCUACGACCUCAUCCAUGCGGAUUCGGUGUUCACCCUGUACAAGGACAGGUGUGAGAUGGACCGCAUCCUCCUGGAGAUGGACAGGAUCCUGAGGCCCAGGGGCACGGUGAUCGUCAGGGAAGACGUGGACAUGCUGGUGAAGGUCAAGAGCCUGGCGGACGGGAUGAGGUGGGAGAGCCAGAUCGUCGACCACGAAGACGGCCCGCUCGUCAGGGAGAAGAUCCUCCUGGUCGUCAAGACGUACUGGACUGCCCAGGACCAAGACCAGUAGCAGGACCGGACUUGUCAAGCGAAGUUCAGCAAUGUUGAUAAGCAUUUUUCUUGCUUCGAAUUGCAUUGGAUCGCCAUUUCUAGCUCCUUGAGCUAGUAGUGUUCUCUGUUUGUUUGCUGUUCCUUUUGGACUGUACUUGCUCAGAUAGGAAAUUUGUAUCCUAAGGCCUUGUUCGGUUAUUCCCAAUACACAUGGAUUGGAUGGGAUUGGAAAAAAUUCUUAAGAAGUUUGACUUGUGUGGGAUUCAAACCCAUCCAAUCCCACUCAAUCCACAUGGAUUGAGAGCUAACCGAACAAGCCCUAAGGUGUAACAGGGGGAAAUGGAAGGGCUUAGGUAAAACCCCUGGCCCCUGCAAAGUUUUUUUUUGUUUUCCUUCAAUUGCGAAAUUGUGGCAAGUGGUAAAUAGAAAGUCACUGUUGCGAGUCAUCCCGG